GUGUCACUCAGGUCAGAAUCCAAUCUUGUUACAAUCCGGAGAAAACACUGGUAGUGUUGGCAUUUUACAGGAUGGCACCCCAGCCUCCUCCGAAGCCAUGGGAAACACGGAUUCCAGCUGCUUUUCAGUCUUCGGAUUUAGGACCUAGUGUUCUGACAAGACCAGGCCCCCCUGUCCUUGCCAGAGUCCCUCCACCGGUUCCCCCAAGAGCAACUCGGCAGAUUGGAGGCAGCAGCCUGACGGGCUACAGACCAGCUUACAGCUCCCUUUCUUCUUUAUAUAGCCCCAGUGGGAGCUCAUUAUAUGGUGGCAUUGGUGGCUACAGCCCAUUAAGCUAUGGUUAUGGGGGAGGCCUUGGGUACAACAGGUUUCGAAACGAUGAAAUUCCUUCCAGUCGGUUUGUGCAGCAUGCGGAGGAGAGCAGUAGAGGAGCCUUUCAGUCCAUCGAGAGCAUCGUCCAUGCGUUCUCCUCUGUUAGCAUGAUGAUGGAUGCUACCUUUUCAGCAGUUUAUAACAGUUUCAGAGCGGUGUUGGAUGUGGCCAACCACUUCUCAAGGCUCAAAGUCCAUUUCACCAAAGUGUUUUCUGCGUUUGCACUGGUCAGGACUCUGCGCUACCUGUACAGGAGACUGCAGAGGCUGAUGGGCCUGCGGAGAGACUUGGAGGCUGAAGACCUGUGGUUGGACAGCGCCAGGUCAGAGGUUGCUGCCGGAGCCAAUGAAAAAGCUGCUAACUCUGUCAAAUCCUGGCCAAUCUUCAUGUUUUUCGCAGUUGUUCUUGGAGGACCGUACCUCAUAUGGAAGCUGCUGAGUUCUGUUGACGGGUCUGAGGAAACAGGUUCCACAAACUGGUCGAAUGGAGACGAUGACCAUGUGGUUGCAAGGGUGGAAUAUGACUUCAAUGCUGCCUCAGAAGAAGAAAUUUCUGUUCGUGUUGGGGACAUGCUGAAUCUGGCUCCAAAGGAACAACAGCCUAGAGUGCGUGGCUGGCUCUUGGCUAGUCUGGAUGGCCAGACAACAGGACUUGUUCCAGCCAACUAUGUUCAAAUUCUUGGCAAAAGAAGGGGAAGGAAGCAAGCAGAAAUGGAGAGGAUCGCAGAGCAACAGCAGGUGUUUAACAACACACAGCAAACUGCAGGAGCAGUGGGACCAGCUGAGACCCUGGCAGACCAGGAGGUAGCAUUGGAGUCAGUGUUCACAGAGACACGAGGACAUUCAGGAGGGCUUUCCAGUCCAGAGUCUGUUUAAGUGAGAGAAGCCAUUAGCCCUGAUGAUCAUCUGUGGUUUCUUUGGACACAAGUCAUCACAGACUAGUUAUACAGUAAACAGUCAGUUUUGGUACAGUAGACUUGUUUCAAAACCACUGAAAUGAAUAGAAAUGGGCACUACCAUAAUCAGUAGUUAAGGAUCGUUCCAUUCGUACUUUCUCGUUAACCCAAACAGAUAAGUAGGAGCUCCCUCUUCUUUGUAGCUCACGUGCAUGCGAUUACCUUAUUUCAUAAUCGCAUGUAUUUUUUAUCUUUUACAUUACUAUUGUAUGUUUUGCAAUAACUGAUUAAUUGGGGUUCUGUAGUUCCAAUACAGAGUUAUCAUUUUUCUCUGAAUUAGCCUUUACCUGGCUUUGAACUUAUCUGGAGAGGUUGUCAUUAUUCCAUUAGGUUUAGGGUAGAUGCCAGCCCCAGGUGGAUGCCAGAUGGGUAUUGAGGGGGUGGGGCUGCAGAGUUCAAAGGUCACAUUGUAAAAUGAUUUGAAUAGAAUGGGGAAGGCUGUUCAGUACCAGCAAGUUCAAAGCCAAGUAAUAGCAUAGAGAAACAUGACAGUAAUUCAAUACUGGAGCAAUAAAAACCAGAACCACUCAGAAUAAGGGACAUUUAAAUGUAUUUACCUUCUGAUGCAGUCUUUGAUUGCUCAAGAAAGUGGGUAUCUUUUGAAUAAGCCAUAUAGUGAUUUUUAUGUUUGAUAAGUUAACUCAAUACAGAUCUUUUCUGUGUAUUUUCAGAAAAGAUUACUACCUUUUAUGCACGGCCUUCUCUGCAUGAACAAAUGAGUGGAAGCUUUGGAUCUGUAAAACGUUUUAGUUGGGGUUUUUUUUG